AGGACUCUUUGGAACCCUAUAAAACAAGCCCUCCUGACAAAACUCUUACUCAAGAAAGCCCUAGCACAUUGUUCCUGUAUCCUAACUUCUCUAUAUCUCUUUCCUUCCUGCCAGACAUGGUCAAGCUUCAAAUCAGUAACUUUCUGCUUCUCAGUAAACGAUCAUAUGCAGUCGCAACAGAAAGUCUAAACGUGCAGCCACUUCUAUCGGUGAUGAGAAAGGCACAAGAAUUGGCAGCAGAAGAGUUGGCAGAGAAGAAGGUGAAGGACGAGACCUUUUGGAUGAGAGAUCCAAAGACUGGCAAUUGGAUUCCUGAGAGUCAUUUUGGUGAGAUUGAUGCUGCAGAUUUGAGACGAAAGUUCCUCUCGAGAAAGGAGAAAAUUCUAGAUUGACUCAACUUUAAUUGGCAUAACACAUUAGGGCUAUGCAAGUUCUAUUUGUCUCUCUCAUCUGCUUGUUUAAUUUCUCUCUCUUCAUAAUCAACUCAAUGAAUAAGAAAAUUUGCAUAGUUCUACCAAAA